GCCAAUCGCCUCACGUCAGCUAAAGGCCGCCUAGCUACAGCCUCAGAUUUGAACUUAUGCGUACCCAUCAUCCCGGCCAUCCAGUCAGAUCUCAAAAACACUUCUAAUACCAUUCUAGCCGACAUGGAUUCGGGCGCGUCUACGUCGGCCUCGGGCCCUUCUCCCGAGGGGCCCGGCGACGUCUCACACCCGCAGAAGCAUAAGCGAGUCCGCAUCCUGCUCUCGUGCGGCCCAUGCCGCACCUCCAAGCUGAAGUGCGAUCGCGCCUCACCGUGCAGACACUGCGUCAGAAAGGGCCUGCCGCCAAACGAAUGUGUGUAUGCGCCGCCGCCCACGCGCCGUCAGAGGAAUGGCAACCGUACUGGGCCUGCAGGCGGCGGAGUGGCGGGCGUUGGUGCGGGAUCCAAGGGUGUCGCGGGCCGGCUCCGCAGGCUCGAAAGGAUGGUGCGGGACCUGAUUGAGAGCGGCGGCGAGGGGGCAGGGGACGGCGGACUGGCAGCUGCCAUCCAGGAGCUGGAGGAGUCGCGGCGGGCGGCGUCGACCAAGGUGGUGUCUGCGGACUCCAAGAGAGAGAGUGAAGAGGCAGAGACCAAAGAAGACGGCAACUCUGAGGAACAAGGCAGCGACGGCGCGGCGGCAGAAGCAAUAAAAGUGGGCGAACGGCUCGGGGCCGAAAACACGGGCCAGGUGGUUCAGGGCGAGCGGGCGGUGACGUGGGUCGGGGCGACGCACUUUCUGGCCAUGUUGGACGACAUCGAGGACCUCAAGGCCUACUUUGACGCGCCCGAGGAGGACGGUGACGACGACCAGUCGCCCGGGUCGUGCGGGGCCUUCACGGGCGAGACUCAGUCGCCCGAGAUGGUGAUACUGGGCAAGUCGAUGCCGCGGACCCGACAGGACCUGCUCGACAUGAUACCGCCCCGCGCCGUGCUGGACCGGCUGAUGAUGAUUUUCUUCAGCAUCAACACGCCAUCGGCGCACACGGUGCACCGCCCGACCUUUGCGCGCCGGUACCGCGACUUCUGGGCAGACCCCGACGCGGCGCCGCUCGAGUGGCUGGCCGUGCUGCUCCUGAUGCUCUGCGCGACGGUGCACACCUCGUCCUUUGCGUCGCCGCACGAGCUGCAGCCGCUGGGCGCCGAGCACCCGGACGCGGCCCUGCGGCUGCUGCGCCAGUACCGCGCCGGCGCCGGCUGGGCCCUCGUGGCCGGCAAGUAUACGUCGCCGAACCUGGUGAGGCUGCAGGCCUUCGUCAUGUACGUCGAGACCGACUUCAUGCUGCCGAACCACUCCAAGAUGACGUGCUACCUGCUCUCGGGCACUAGCGUGCGCCUCAUGCUCAAGCUGGGCCUGCACCGCGACCCGUCCAAGCUGGCCGGUGGCGGCGGCGGUGGUGGCGCCAUCACGCCCUUCGAGGUGGAGCUGCGGCGGCGGCUGUGGAACAUGGCGUCGCAGAUCGACAUGCUCGUCAGCUUCCACGUCGGCCUGCCGUCCAUGAUCUUGGGCAUCGAGUCGGACACGGAGCUGCCGCGCAACCUGACCGACGACGACCUGGACGAGCACAUGGCCGCGCUCCCGCCCGGCCGCCCGGACUCGGACUACACGGCCAUGACGUACCCCAUCUGGAAGGGCACCAUCUCGCGCGUCUUUGGCCACGCCGCCCGCUUGGCCCACUCCAUCGGGGCCCCGCCCCUGUCCGAGGUCGCGCGCGUUGAUGCCUUGCUCGAGGACGUGUGGCGCCGCGUGCCGCACUUCAUCAAGGCCUGCCCGCUCUCUGAUCUUGUCGCCGAGCCGCCGGGCCGCGUCGUCCAGCGCUACGCCAUCACCCAGCACUACCGCAAGACCCAGUGCGUCCUACACCGGCGCUACCUCGCGGAGCCGAGGAGGAAAGGGCAAAGCGGCGGCGGCGGCGAGUGCAAUAGCAGCAGCGACAACGACGACGAGCGACAAAAGGACUACUCGCGCCGCGCCUGCCUCGACGGAGCCCUGACCAUGAUCAACUUCCAGCGCAUCGUUUACGACGCCACGCGCCCGGGCGGCUUACUACACCGCGCCUGGUUCCUGAGCCCGGUGGCCCGCCACGACUACCUUCUGGGCUCCGCUAUCGUCUACGUGGCCGUGCAGAACGGCCACUACCGAGACGAUGACGACGACGACGACGGUGACCGCGGUGGCCCGGCGACCGCCGACGAGAAGGACGGCAAGAACGCGCCGCCGCCGCCACUGCCCACCAAGAAGGCCUUGAUGGACGCUCUACUCGAGUCUUACCGGCUCUGGGUGCUGACGAGCGAGGAGCAGCCCGACGCGCGCCCCGCGGCCGAGAUGCUCCGCGUCAUGGUCCAGAAGGUGAGUCCGGACGCGGAGAGCGGCCCGACGCCGCAGUCCGUCGCCGGCGAGCAGGCGUCGCUGGAAAGGAUGCGGGCCGAGACCGCCGACGUCCCGUGGUCCAUCGCCAUGCCGGGACAUCAGAAGACGCCGGCGCCGGCGCCGGCACCGCAGCAGGAGCCGGACCUAUGGGCGAUGCCCACGCGUUCGGCCCCGACUGGCAGGCCCUGGGAGCAAUACGCGGCGGACGUCAUGGAAUAUGCGCCGCCGCUGUCGAGCCUGUCUCUCGCCGACAGCAACGGCGACGCCGUCUUCUCCGGCGCGGGGGCGGACAAUCCCUACGGCGGCUCGUCAGCCACCACCGGCACCCCCACGCAGCAGGUGCCCAUGCACGCGAGGAACUUCGGGCUGAGCCCGGCCGUGCCGAUGGCGGUGGACGGCGAUGCGGGCAGGAGCAGCAGCGAGGCGGGCACGCCGUGGAUGGUGCCCAUGGAUACGGAGGCGCUGGACUGGACCCUGAUGGACGACGUGAUCCGGGCCAAUAUUGAAAUCACGACCGAGUGGGGGCCCAGCGCCGACCAGCCGCAGCCGCCCCUGACUGAGGUGGAGCUGGACUUCGAUCCACAGUUCUGGGUCCGGUGAACAGGACACACACGAACAGAUGGAGAGCGAGAGAAGCCCGAACCCCCAGGAAAAGUCGGGGCGGAGUCGGUCAGGGCGUCGGAAACUCCUCCUUUCCGAGCCAGCCCAUACGGAAAGCAAAAGCCCGUCACAAGACUACGCGCGUAUGUGCUGGCCUCGCGUGUCGACCAGCGCGGGAUGGUGGAGAAACCAGACGAUCCCAAAGAAAACUAGGUAUAUACAUACCCCUCCCUCGGCAUGGCAGGGGGAGGGAGGGAGGGAUAUGUUCUAGAACGGGGUCCUUUGGGCGGGACCGUCCGUGGAGCGGACGCACGCACGCACGCACGCGGAAAAAGGGCAAGGCCUCGAAAGGACCGACGACGACCCCCCCGCGGCGGGCUUGGCGAUACCCGCCAACAAGCUCGCCCCGUGCCAUGUUCCCGUGACCGCCAAGUCCAGUUAUUCUAUCCCGCCGUAGCGGUGACAGGACAGAGCGCUGAUGCGGGGGGGCUGGGGCGUGUGCGAACUGUGAACUGUGGUAGAUCUGUGCCGAUAGUCUGGUAGCUGGCGCGGUCAAUGUACCAGUACGACGAUGGAGUCGCAGCAGCGGUGGCAGCCGCGGUCUAGAUUUUGUUUUGUGGCCAGAGACCAAGCAACCAGUUGCAAAAAGGGAAAAGCUCUCGGUCAUCAAAUAGGAGAUUGAGAUUGCCGUGACUUCCUCAGAGCCUCAUCCGUCCUCGCCCCGGCUGCUGGUAAUCGGGGCAAGGGGAAAGCUUGUAGCUGGGCAUUGGCAGCGCCGCUAGGGUAGACCUAAUCUAAAGGUGGUCACGUUGCCAUGUGUUCGUUUUGGG